AUGUCGGGUCGGAACGCGCCUCGCUCGAAGAAUGGCUGCAGCACCUGCCGCCGUCGCAAAGUGAAAUGUGGUGAGGAGCGUCCGGUGUGCAAGCGAUGCUUUAAUUUGCGUCUUACUUGCGAGUGGGGGAUUCCUGUUAAACGAGGAGGGAAGACCGGGGAGAAUGCGCCCGUCCGUCAUCUGCAGCCCCGGUGGCCGCCGCCGCCGCCCACCCGCAGCGAUCCGAUCACCACCACAACCACCGCUAAUGUCGCUCCUACGACUACUGCGAUAACCCCUAGCUCUCCCACGCUAAUUACUGCGUCAACCACUGCGCCUGUUACUCCUAUCGGGGCAACAGCUGGCAUCCUUGAUGCUCACUAUGCCAACACCCUGGCUUCUUUGUGGCCCCCGGCCCCCGGAUGUGCCCCGGAUUUCUCCCCGGCUUCCCCGGACGGCUUCCUCCCCACGAGUUGGCCGGUAUAUCACCCGGCUUAUACUCAGACGCCCCCCCUCUAUCCUUCAUUGUCGGGGACUGAUUUUCCCUGCUCUAACGCGUUGGUACUUACCGAACAUGAUCGGAAAUACUUCCAGUACUUCCCCUCCUCUUCCGUCGUCUUCUACUAUAUGAAGAACUGGCAGUGGAGCAGCUUCUGCUACCUCUACCAGGGUCCUGCGUGCGUUAGCAGAGUGAUUAUGCGCAUGAUUCUGGCGCUAUCUGCGAGUGACAUGUAUCGCAGUGGUCUGGUUGUGCGCUCUCCAGGACGGCCCACGGCAGAAGACCACGGCCGCUUCCACUAUGGCAUGGCCGUAAAGGAGUUUCGGCAAAUGUUGGAGACUCCCAAACCUCAAGUUUCACUUGCGGAGAUGGAAAUGAUCUUCGCGACAAUGUUUCUCAUGGUUGCCUACGAAUGGCAAUUCGGGCAUUGUCUGCGUCAUCUACAGCUGCAUCUUCAAGGAGUACGAUCCCUGCUCGAAACACACCCAGAACUGUUUGAGUCCAAGGACUUCGACGAGGUGAUGCUGUCAAUGGAUGCAGAUCGCCCAGUUGGGGAUGUAUCUUCUCGUGUGUCAUUCAUUCCUGAACAAUUUCUUCUUUGGAUCAUAUAUGUCGACAUCAACCGGCGCGUUCUCGCGACAACCAACGAUUCACUGACCGAUUACGUCCUCAACUCCAACAAACCAGCUUUGCACCCAGACCAACUUCACCGAAGCGCACGUCUUUGGAGCCGUUGCUUUUGGGGCAAGCAGUACCCCGACCAGGAAAUAGCCGAUGAUAUGGAAAAUUACCGGGGCUUAGAGCUGAUCCAUACUGGCUUCAUACUAUGGCACAAGGCCUGGAAAUGUCUAGGUGAUCUUGCAGACUCGGCAUACACUCCGGAUACGUUAUACACUGAGAUUCUCUCUGUGCGCGAUGUAACCAGACAGCGUUUCUCCGACCUUCUCGUCACUGCCAAAAUCUCCGGGGCCGGCUCCACCCGCCGCACUCUAAACACGAUCUAUAUGGCUGUUAGCAACUUCUACGCGCUCAUUCUCUUUCACCGCCGUGUACUUAGCCCCACUAAGGCCUCGGCUGCACUCUACCGCCAGGCUCUAACGGGGAUUCUCGAAAACACACACAAGCAAUUCGCCGUGGACCCACGCCUCCUACGUCGAUUACACUGGCCCCUGUUGAUGGCAUUAAUCGAGACCGAGGAUCCGCUUCAGCCAUAUACAUAUAGAAAGACCAACGCCAUGUCGGUCCAGGCAGCCUGGGAGAGCUGCUCCAAGAUUGAUACUCUUUUCAUCCUUGUCUGUUCCGUCUUUUGCUGGCUUAUCAUUCCUGCUGUUGGUCUUGCCUACUCGGGCUAUUCGACACGCUUCAACAGCCUCGCAUCAUUUUACCCUGGUUUGUUGGCGGUUGCUGUCUGUACCAUUCAAUGGUGGAUGAUUGGGUACUCUCUCGCCUACAGCGAGGGAAACAGCAUCAUUGGCGAUCUCAGCAAGGCCUUUCACAUUGGAGUGCUUGCUAAUCCCGUUGGUUCCAUCCCCGAGAUUUUGUUCUCGGAGUUCCAGCUCAUCUUCUGCGCUACUGUGUGUGCAAUCGCGAUCGGUGGUGCCUGCGAGCGUGGGCGUCUACUUCCCUUAAUCCCCUUCAUCUUCUUAUGGUGCACCUUCAUCUAUGCACCUCUUGCCCAUAUGGUUUGGUCUGAAACAGGGUUCCUCGCCAACCUUGGCGCCCUCGACUUUGCUGGGGGCACGCCAGUCCAUAUCUGCAGCGGAGCCACAGCCACCGCUCUGAGUGUGUAUCUAUCCUAUCCUCUAUUCCGCUCACGACGCUCCUCGUUACGCACCCCGAACCAUCUCGCACUUCACCGCCCACACAAUACUCUUUGCCAGCUUCUCGCUCUCAUUAUCAUCUGGAACGCCUGGCUUGCCUUCGACGCGGGCACCACCCUCGCUCUCAAUUUCAAGAGCGUCAUGGCCGCCUGUGUGACCAACCUGUGUGCUGCCUCAGGGGCCAUCACAUGGGCUAGUCUGACGUACUACCAUACUGGCAAAUGGAGUCUAGACAGCACCUUUCUCGGGGCGAUUGCGGGACUCGUCCUCAUCACUCCAAGCGCCGGUUUUAUCGACAUGCCGACCGCAAUGGGAUUUGGUGUUCUCGGCGCAGUCUGUGGCUACCAAGCUCUGCGCAUCAAGUUUACGAAACGCGCGAAACACUACCGCUGGGUUGAUAAUGGCGAUACUUUCGCCACGCACUGCCUUGGUGGGUUUCUGGGCACCAUAGUCACGGGCCUCUUUGCGCAAAAGGAGGUGGCUGCUUAUGACGGUGUCACAGAGAUCACGGGUGGGUGUCUGAUUGACGGGAAUUGGAGACAACUGGGUAUCCAAAUCGUGGAGGCGCUGAUCGGCUUCGUCUGGAGUUUUGGAGGCAGUUAUCUGCUUUAUGCAUUGAUUGAUUGUGUGCCUGGAUUGGAAGUUUUGGCUACAGAUGAUGAGGUCAUUUCUGGCCUGGAUAAGUCUCAGAUGGACGAGUCGUUGCACGAAGCUCAAUGGGCUGGAGAGGAGGAGUAUCAUCCAUUCCAAGGCUCAGUCCAGAUAUAGAAGAAUAUACCGGUGGCUUUUGGAUGCAUUGGCUCUUUCCUGGCACUGCUUCACUAUUCCUGUGGGCUUGGAAGCUGUGCUAAAAAGUGAAAAGGGCGGUCUCUAUGCUCACUCAGUUGACAACAACCAACCCUUCAGCACUAGACAACGAAAAGCAUUUGACACAUUCCAUAAUUUGCUGCACACUCCGCGGAAGACUUACCCG